AUGAGCGGCAAUAACAAGCGACCAGCUUCAUCAACGGAGCAUCGCCAGGACAGGCUACUCCGGAGCCAGACAAGUGGAAACGCGAACGCAAGACAAGACACCCAACGCCAGCUUGACGAUAGCCCAGCUUCCCUUAUUCAACACCUCAAUGACGCCCUUCAAGAACGCAACGAAGAGCUACAAAAAGAGAAACAUCGAUCCAAUAGUCUGAUCGGAGAAGCACGCAAAGCUCGGAGCGAUGGCAGGGCUUCGAUAGGCGAGAUUGCAAGGCUCAAGACGGCAUACUCCGGACUGGUGAAACGAUACAACGAGGUCCUGCACGAUGUGGUGAUUCCUUACGCCCGCAGAAAAGGUUUUCGCAUGGACGAAGCCUCCGGCGAAGUAACCGAUGACGUUCUGGGACCUUUAUCACGAGACGCUAUGGAAGCGGAAGUCUUGCGUGACGAAGUGAAAAAGUUACAGAAGAGCAACUCCGACGUAGAAGGCCGCAGCCAGACUGCGCAUCAGGAAAUGAACAACCUGCAGGCUGAGUGUGCCGGCCUUCGUAAGCAAGUCACAGAUCUCCAGCAAGACGCUCUAGGUAGAAUCGAGCAGGUACGAGUCGUCUCUGACAGCCAAUUCGAGCGAGAUUUCCAGGUGCUCGCUUCCUCAGUCAAGACUUUCAGUCGUUCGUUUCAGUCUACCGAGAACAUUGAUGUCUCAAAACUUGUAGACUCGGCACUCUUUCUGAAUGAUGUUUCAUUGCAUCACUGGCAGAGCCGAGCUCGGAAGAAGACUUUCCUUGAAGCUUGGACAUGGGCUCUCCUCGUCAAGAGUGUCUUCCGAAACCCUUUCGCGGUCUUCGGAAACAACGUGGAGCGCGUGAACGAAGCCUGGCAUGAGCUGUUCGGGAGCGAUCACAACCAUGACUGGCCCUCGCCGUCAGUCGUGUGCGAGAAUUGGCGUCGCAGCACAGCGGAAUGCCUACGCGAAUCAGCAAACGCAGUCGUCCGCAAUGAUGACACUUUGGAACCAACAUCCAAACGUAUCAAGACAGCACGUAUCGAUGCUAGCAAGGAGUUGGCAAGCGAAUGGGAGAGUUUCCUCAAGCAGAUGUUCCCUGGAAGCAAUAGCUCUCAAGUGCAUAGCAUUGUCGACAAAGCCUUCGCAUUGGCUGUGCAAAUGUCACUCCAACGGUGCCGCCUUCAGAUCACCUACCCUUCCACCGGAUGCAUGUUUGCCGAGGGCGAGAUGACAUCUGUACCUGAUCGCGAAGGCGAUGACUUCAACGAUGGAGUGGUGGCAUUCGUGGUCAAUCCCGGUCUCACCAAGUGGGGUGAUGCCCGUGGAGAGAAGCUUGACGAGCGUUACGACAUUGUACCAUGCUUGGUGCAGCUGGAGCCCAUGCGUAUCAAGCGUGAAGGUGGGGUUGAUCAUCGCAGCGGCGAUGUGGAAUCUGGCAUUGCUGGUCGCUUGGAUGCCAACGGCGUACUUCAUCCUCAAGGUCAAGCCGAUUGGAGCCAGAAAACGAACAUUCCGAUUGUCAAGCAAGAGCCAGAGUGGCAUUUCGGUUUCAACUAA